AUGAGUAAACAAAUCGAAAGUGUUGACGAGUUGUUGAAGGGAAUUAUAACGUCCCUUAAUGUUACUAAAACAUCUAUUGACACAAUCCUGAAGGCCAGUGAUAGCGAAGGUGAAAGUUAUCCAGAUUUGAUCCAGAAUUUGUUACAGAAGUUAAACAUAGACAAACUUGAAGGGGUCUCAUUAUUAUCUUUAAAGAGUCAUUCGUUGUUAUCGUACUUGAAUAAUUUGGUAUUGAUUAUUUUGGCACAUGUAGAGAAAUUAAGUGAGGAAGAUGACAACAUAGAAGAUGCAAAAUUGAAGUCAAUCGCAAGUUCGAUCACACAAAGGGUUUGUUUAGAAAAAGGUAUUAAGCCCUUAGAGAAGAAGCUUAAUUAUCAACUAGACAAAAUGGUUAGAGCGUACAAUAGAAUGGAGGCGGAUGAAAGUCAGGCCAUAAAAACGGCACAAGAAAAUAACGAAAAUAACGAACAAGGCAAUGAUGAUGACGGUGAGUCAAGUGAAGAAGAAGAUGAUGCAUUAUCCUAUAGACCUGAUUCAGCAGCUCUUGCGAAAUUAACGCAAUCCAAAUCCAAAUCUUCUACAUCAAGAGAACCAAGAGAGGAGGAGGCUAGUGAAUCAGCUGAGAAAUAUAAGCCACCAAAGAUUUCAGCAAUGGCUCCACCAAAGGCAGACCCAACAGCCACCGGUUCGAAAACCAGUAACACUAGAAAACUUCAAAGUAUGGAAGAAUAUUUAAGAGAAAAUUCGGAUUUGCCACAACUAGAAAGUUCCAUCGGUUCUACUAUUGUAGAUAACGGAAGGCUGGGAGUGAAGACAGAUUUUGACAAGAAAAAGGAAAGAGAAAUUCAAAGAUACGAAGAAGAUAACUUUACCAGAUUGCCAAAUACCAUGACUAAGAAAUCAUUUCAUCAAAAGCAACGUGAUAUGGCCAAUACAUUUGCAGGUGAAGAUUGGUCGAUGUUCAAUAAUAGUAGAAAGCUUGAUGAAACAUCAAGAAAGAGAAAACCCGGAUCAGUCUGGGAUAAAGUGAAGAAAAGACGCUCAUAG